AUUUAUUAUUAUCCCCCAACAUUCAUCUUUGCAACCGAAAUCAGAAACCUUGGGGUUUUACCUUUACUUUCCGCUGUGGUGUACUCUCGCUAAAAUCUUCGCUUCCAAAAAUCUUAGUACAUGGUUGGGUGAUUCCAUGGAGAUAUAUGGUGUUUUUGAACCUCUGACCCCAUCAAAGCCAGUUCCAGCUAGGUCUGAACAUAACACUCAGGUAGCAUCAACUUCUGGACGAGGGACUGAAAAGGAAAAUAUAAAUGAUGAAUUUCUAUGUACAAGUUCUUUGGGUACUACAGAAUAUUUGGAAGAUAAUGGAAAUAAGAGGUCUUCUGUUUUGGGUGUAGCUGGAAAGGAUCCUAUAAGUAGUACAACUGAUCAAAUUUCUUUUUGUGCAGAUAACACAAGUUGUAUACAAGAGGAGACAAAAUGUAAUGACAAUAAGGCUCAUGGUGUUCAUGAGUCAAACUAUGGUAUCAACAACUCAAUUCCUUCAGUUCCUUCUCCAUCUGAGACAAAAGAUAGUAGGAAAAGGCGUAACAAUGGCAUUGACUUAAACAAGAAGCCAAAUAAAAGAACCCGAAUGAAAAAACAUAGGCCUAAAGUAUAUGAUGAUAGUAAGCCAAAGAAAGUCCAAAAACCUAAAACCCCAAAACCCAAAACCCCAAAACCUGUAACUCCAAAUCGUGUACAUGAAAAGAGUGUUCGUUCAAGAAAGGAGAAAUUCAAAGAACCAACAAGUUGUAUGCAAAAGUCAACCAGUUAUGUUGACCAAAGAGAUUCAAAAUUACAUGAAGAAACCAUUUGUAUGCAAAACUCAGUGAAUUAUAACAUUGAAGAUGUGGAACAAGCUUCUAGGGUUUCAAGAAAUGCUCUUAUUCCAAUGAUUCAAUGCAAACGUCGUUUGGAUUUAAACUAUCCAGUUGAAGGAGAAUCAAAAUCACAUGAUAAACAUCUGAGCUUCAAUUUUGACAAUGGAGAUUAUGACUUUUUUGGUAGGAUUGUUACUUCAAAGAGAAAUACAAAAAGGAGAAGUAGGUUUCAGAAGAAGAGUGUUGAAAUUGAAGCUUCAGAGGAUUUGUUGGAUGAUAAUAACAACAAGCAACAAUAUGGAUUGGAUUUUUCGGUUAUAGAAAAGUUGAAACAAACUAAAAAACAUGUUAGAAGGUUUGUUUAUGUCUAUACAUGCCAAAAGAAAAGAAAUUCAAUGAUGCAAGUAUACGAAAGGAAGUGUAGAUUAUUAGAUCAGUGUCUACAAAGUAGUAGAAAAAGUGGACCCAAUUUUCCAAAACUUUUCAAGAAACAAAGAAAGAUGAGAAAAAAGGUGACUAUAAAUCCAAAUUGGUUGCUCAAGUUUCUUGAAAAUAGCAAGAAGAAGAAAGAACCACAUAAAAAACUCAAGAAAAAAGUUGCAAAAAACAAUCUUCUUCUUCUUCCUAUUUUUUCACCCAUGAAAAAGAAGCGAUCUAUAUUGCAGACUCGAAGAAGAGAGAAUCUUGUUGACUUUCCUAUUUCUAAAGCAACAUCUCUUUAUGAUGAAAGAUUCCUUUUAUGUCAAGAGGAAAAUUUUCUUCAAAUGACUGAAUGCCUCCCUCUACAAGAGGUUCCUAUUCAUGAAAUUGACAAUUUUACCUCACUACCCCUGCAUUGUCAAGGAGUUGAAAACACUGUUGCUGCUUUAGAUUGGCUCCAAUCACAAGAGGUCCCUCUUCUUGAAAGCCAAAGUUUGAAAAAAGACCGAAAUCGUAAAAGUCAAAGUAGGAAAAGAGACCAAAGUCGUAAAAGUCAAAGUUUGAUACCCAAACAAAAAGAUAGUAAAUUGUAUAUAAGAGAAAUGACAAAGUAUAUAACAAAGAAGUUAGCAAAACUAGACAUAAAUGCUGAAUGCAAGGCGAUUGUGGUAAGAAAUAAUGACAAUCGUGCCCUUGUAAAGACAAAAGCUAAGAAAGAAAAAGAAAAAGAAAAAGAAAAAAAGAUUCUUGCAAAGGUUGACCUUGAUGAAGAGUCAGAGAGAGUUUGGAAAAUUGUAAUGGAGAAUGAUGGAAGUCAACCCUUUGAAGAAAUGGAUAAUGAUAAAAAAGAAUGGUGGGAAAGACAAAGAAAUGUAUUUCGUGGAAGGGUUGACUCAUUUAUUGCCAAAAUGCAUCUUAUUCAAGGUAAUAGGCGAUUUUCACCAUGGAAAGGUUCAGUGGUGGACUCAGUGGUUGGUGUUUAUUUAACUCAAAAUGUAACGGAUCAUCUUUCGAGCUCUGCUUUCAUGUGUCUAGCUGCAAGAUUUCCAGGCAAAUCAAAAAACAAAGAAGUUGUUGACCAUGAUGAAGAAGUCAACACUAGUCAAGAAUCAGUCAAAAGUAAUACAGAAAUAGUUGAAGGGUUCUCCAAUAAUAACAAAAUGGAGGAAAAUAUGAGUAUUUCAUAUGCUGAUGAGAUCAAUAUGAUUCCAACCAAGAACAAAGAAGUUGUUGACCAUUUUGAAGUCAACAUUAGUCAAGAAUCAGUCAAAAAUAAUACAGAAAUAUAUGAAGGGUUCUUUAAUAAUAACAAAAUUGACCAAAAUACAAUUACUUCAUAUGAUAAUGAAAUCAAUGUGACUCAAAAUACACAGCUUAGCCAAACAGAGGCCUCAAAUCUUGAAGAUAAAUCAUGCAUUGAUGAAAAUCCAAGAAGUUUCCGGAACCUUCUAGACCUAAAUGAGGUGGACUGUCUUAGAAACUUCUAUAAUAUUGAUGAAUCAGCACUAGAUGAAAUCAAAGUUGUAGAAGAGUCAACCCUUGGAGAAGAAAAGUCAAAGUGCAAAGAAAGUGAGGCUUCAAAUCUUGAAGACAAAACAUUUGUUGAUGAAAAUCUAAAUACUUUCCGGAAGGUUCUAGAGACAGAGGAGGCCGAUUAUCUCAAUAACUUUUGUAGCAUCAAUGUUGAUGAGUCAGCACUAAAUGAGAGCCAUGUUCAAGAAAAGUCAACAUUUGGACAAGAAAAGUCAACCCUUGGAGAUGAAAAGUCAACCUUUGAAGCACAAAAAUCAACCAUGGAAGAAGAAAAGUCAACCCUUGAAGUACAAAAGUCAAGCAUGGAAGUAGAAAAGUCAACAAUUGAAGAACAAAAGUCAACCAUUGAAGAACAAAAGUCAACCAUUGAAGAAGAGACAAGAAUUGUUGCUCCAAUUUCUAGUCUCCAAUCCGAAAUCAUCAUGGAACAGGGAGUCAAAGUGGUCAACAACCGUGAGAGCAACAAAAAAGGAAAGUCAACCAUUGAAGAAGGAAAGUCAACUAUUGAAGAAGAGGCAAGAAUUGUUGCUCCAAUUUCUAGUCUCGAAUCCGAAAUCACAAUGGAACAAGGAGUCAAAGUGGUCAACAAGAAAAAAGGAAAAAAGAAAAGCAAGAAAGAACAAAAAGAGGAAGUGAAAAUAGAUUGGGAAAAAUUCAGAGAAAUUUAUUCCCAAAAUGGAAAAAAAGAAAUUAAUGAAGAUUUCAUGGAUGCAGUUGAUUGGGAAGCAGUUUAUAAUACUCCAGUUCAAGAAAUUGCUAAUCUUAUAGUUGAACGUGGAAUGAAUAACGUGUUAGCCAUAAGAAUAAAAGACUUUUUAAACCGAAUGGUUAAAGACCAUGGAUCUAUUGAUCUCGAGUGGUUAAGAGAUAUCCCACCGGAUAAAGCAAAGGAGUUCUUGUUGAGUAUACCGGGAAUCGGUUUAAAAAGCGUGGAGUGUGUACGGCUUCUAACGCUACAUCAUAAUGCUUUUCCUGUUGACACAAAUGUUGGACGGGUGGCCACACGUCUAGGGUGGGUCCCACUUCAACCUCUCCCAGAACAAGUUCAAAUUCAUCUCUUGAACUCAUACCCAAUGGUGGACACAAUUCAAAAAUACCUCUACCCUCGACUAUGCACUCUCGAUCAAAAAACAUUAUACGAGUUACAUUAUCAGUUAAUCACAUUUGGAAAGGUGUUUUGCACAAAAUUAAAUCCAAAUUGUAACGCGUGUCCCAUGCGAGCUGAAUGCAGACAUUAUGCAAGUGCUUUUGCAAGUGCUAGGCUUGCACUUCCGGGACCAAAAGGAAGUAGUACUGUAACCACCACAAUCAUACCAGCACCACCAGCACCACCACCAUCGCCGCCGCCAUUGCCGCCAGUACAACCACCACCACCACUGGUGGUUGCUGACAUGGACAUGAACGACUGUGAUUCAAAUUCCUAUGUGGAAAACUGUGAACCGAUAAUUGAAAUUCCAGCAUCUCCAGAGCCUUAUGUGGAAGUGAAAUUGCCUGAUAUUGAAGAUUAUUUUUGUGAAUCAGAAGAUGAAAUUCCAACCAUUAGAUUAAGCACACAGGAAUUUGAGGAGACAUUGAAGGAGACGAUAAAUAAGAAGAAUAAUUUGUCGUUUCCUGAGACUGAUGACGUGUCAAAAGCUAUUGUUGCGUUGAGUCAUGAAGCUGCUUCUUUUCGUGUAAGAGUAAGACCUAUAAAGCAUACAGGAAAGUUGAGGACUAUACAUAUUGUCUAUGAGCUCCCGGAUUUUCAUCCGAUUUUGGCUGGGUUAGAUGAAAGGGAACAAGAAGAUCCAUCGCGAUAUCUUCUUGCCAUAUGGCCAGAAAUCAGUUCAUCCAAAAAUAUACAAGAAGAAACAGUUAAAGGAACAAUAUUGAUACCUUGUCGAACUGCAAAUAGAGGGAAAUUUCCUCUCAACGGGACAUAUUUUCAAGUUAACGAGGUAUUUGCUGAUGAUGAAACUAGCGAUGUUCCAAUGGAUGUUCCAAGACAUUUUCUAUGGAAUUUAGCAAGGAGAGAUUUAGCUUGUGGGACAUCCGCAACAUCGAUAUUUAAAGCCUUAUCAACCAGUGAUAUUCAGCAUAUUUUUUGGAGAGGAUCGAUAUGUGUGAGAGGAUUUAACAGAAAAACAAGGCAACCUCGACCUCUUCAUCGUAGGUUUCAUGUUUCAACAACUGUAAAUUCAACAGGGAACAAGAAAACACCCAAAAAAUGAAAAGUUAUUAUUAUGGCACAGAAGUAAUUGGACUAAAAUUAAUUGUUCUAACGGAAGAGUAGGGAAAGUGUAGGGGCUGAUGUGUGAAAUUGAAUGUAAAUAAAUAUAUAUUACAUUAGGUAUCAGUUAUUCUUAUCCUUUAUGAUUUCCAUGUAGUAGUUAAUUUUAUACAUACUUUUUAUUUUCCAUGUCGGUUUUUUGUAUAUAAAAUAGAUC